AUGAAAGGCAUAAAUAAUCUACAGGACUAUGCAGACAACGAAAGAUGUAACACAUAUGAUCCGAGACGCAGGCCGUGGUACUUGAAUGCCUUCGCAGUUCAGAAAUCACUCUACAUUGUUUUGGACAAAUCGUUGUCCAUGAGCAAUCUUGUUGGACCUUUGUCAUCCCAAAGCCGUCUGGCCGCUGCCAGAAGCGUUCUUAAGGCACUCCUGGACACUCUCACGAAUGGAGACCAAGUAGCAGUGUCAACGAUUAGUGGUGAACCUAUUGCCGCUCCAGUUUCAGCCUUGCUUGAAAACCUUGUAACAUCAUCCAAUGCUCUUGGUAUUUCGUCCCUCAAGGAUGCCAUAGCCAAGGUCAAAGGCGACAAUUCACCCAAGGAUAUCAAGAAAGGUCUUGCUGCGGCCCUUGAUUUCUUCAAUUCCAGCUCUAACUUAAACGUAAAGAUCAUCCUCUUUCUUUGUCUGUCACUAACAGUGCUCGUAAUGUAA